UCAUUCGUCAUCCUCUGCUUUCCCUCCCACUUUUCACACACUGCACACACUCAAAAUCCCAUCUUUACUUCACACUUUUCACACACACACGGAGUCUCAGCUGCAGCUCCAAUGGCGGCGGUGGCAGAGCUAACCCAAUACACAAACACAGCCCGCCGUUUUUCAUCGGAGGUUUCGUAUGCCUCCACGAGAAUUUCCGGCCGCCGCCGCCUCCAUCUCCGGCCGAUCAGGAAUUCGGGAAUUAGGUGCUCUGUCACGUCUAAUGAAGUUCAGGCGGCGCCGGAGGCGGUGAAGGCGGAGGAAGUGAAGAAGAAAGCUGAGUGCUAUGGGGUUUUUUGUCUCACUUAUGAUCUCAAAGCUGAAGAGGAGACGAAAUCGUGGAAGAAGUUGGUUAACAUCGCGGUCUCCGGUGCUGCGGGGAUGAUAUCCAAUCAUCUACUCUUCAAACUUGCUUCUGGUGAGGUUCUUGGAUAUGAUCAGCCGAUUGCCUUGAAGUUGUUGGGAUCCGAGCGAUCACUGCAGGCGCUUGAAGGUGUGGCAAUGGAGCUUGAGGACUCGUUGUUUCCCCUAUUAAGGGAAGUGAGCAUCGGCAUUGAUCCAUACGAAGUGUUCCAAGAUGCGGAUUGGGCUCUCCUGAUCGGAGCCAAGCCUCGUGGACCUGGCAUGGAGCGAGCAGCGCUACUAGACAUCAAUGGACAAAUCUUUGUCGAACAGGGGAAGGCCCUCAAUGCUGUUGCUUCCCGUGAUGUGAAAGUGCUCGUUGUGGGCAACCCUUGCAACACCAACGCAUUGAUCUGUAUGAAAAAUGCUCCGAACAUCCCUGCCAAAAACUUCCAUGCCUUGACAAGGUUGGAUGAGAAUAGAGCAAAAUGUCAGCUCGCCUUGAAGGCAGGAGUCUUCUACGACAAAGUGUCGAAUGUGACCAUUUGGGGAAACCACUCUACCACUCAGGUUCCGGACUUCUUGAACGCUAGGAUCAACAGUUUGCCCGUCAAGGAGGUUAUCAAAGAUACUAAAUGGCUAGAAGAAGAGUUCACAAACAAGGUCCAAACGAGAGGUGGCGUUCUCAUUAAGAAAUGGGGAAGAUCAUCAGCUGCAUCGACAGCUGUUUCCAUUGUUGACGCGAUGAGAUCUCUUGUGACGCCUACGCCCGAGGGAGAUUGGUUUUCAACAGCAGUAUAUACCAAUGGGAAUCCUUACGGUAUAGCAGACGACAUCGUCUUCAGCAUGCCUUGCAGAUCUAAUGGAGAUGGAGAUUAUGAACUCGUCAAGGACGUGGAAUUCGACGACUACCUUUGGAAUCGAAUCAAGACGACUGAAGCUGAGCUGCUGGCAGAGAAGAAAUGUGUAGCUCACCUUACAGGUGAGGGCAUUGCUGUAUGUGAUCUCCCCGGGGACACGAUGCUCCCCGGAGAAAUGUGAGAUAGAUCAUCGCACAGUGUCGGCCGGCUCGGGCCUAGUCUUGGCUGUGAGUAUGUAUUUGUUGAAUAGCAUCAAAAAGACCAAGACAUUUGCACUAAUAAUGGGUGCAUUUUGCACCCACAGUUCUCACAUACCACAAACUCAUUCAGGCUGUUGUAAUGUUACUUAUGCUUUAGCUUCAAUGUAAAACCCUAUUUGCAGAAA